CUGUUCAAGAACGUUUUGGGGAAACGUGUCGUUUAGUACAAACCGUUCCGCAACGUAGCAAACGUUCAAGCGAACUGAACGCACAGGUCUAGUGUACCGCGGUCUCGCGCACCGGGCAGACAGCCAAGCUCGAGCCUACCGGAGCGGUGUAACGUUCUGAACGGUAAAGAUGGCAGAACGACAGCAGAAACAUGAAGGCGGCCGAGUGAAGAUCGGACAUUACCUCUUAGGAGACACUCUGGGCGUGGGCACAUUCGGCAAAGUAAAGAUUGGAGAACACCAGUUGACAGGUCAUAAGGUGGCAGUGAAGAUCCUGAACAGACAGAAGAUCAGGAGUCUGGACGUGGUGGGCAAGAUCAAACGAGAGAUACAGAACCUCAAACUCUUCAGACACCCUCACAUCAUCAAACUGUACCAGGUGAUCAGUACUCCUACAGAUUUCUUCAUGGUGAUGGAGUAUGUCUCAGGAGGAGAGCUGUUUGACUACAUCUGCAAACACGGACGGGUAGAGGACAAAGAGGCUCGUCGGUUGUUCCAGCAGAUUAUCUCCGGUGUAGACUACUGCCACAGACACAUGGUGGUGCACAGAGACCUCAAACCUGAGAAUGUACUGCUGGACCAUUCCAAGAACGCCAAAAUAGCUGACUUUGGGUUGUCAAACAUGAUGUCAGACGGGGAGUUUCUGAGGACCAGCUGUGGAUCUCCCAACUACGCAGCUCCUGAAGUAAUCUCCGGAAGGUUAUACGCUGGUCCUGAGGUGGACAUAUGGAGCAGUGGUGUGAUCCUCUAUGCGUUGCUUUGUGGGACUCUGCCCUUUGAUGACGAACACGUUCCCACACUGUUUAAGAAGAUUAGAGGGGGCGUGUUCUAUAUGCCAGAAUACCUCACUCGGCCCGUCGCUUCCCUGCUGCUGCUCAUGCUGCAGGUCGACCCGCUCAAGAGGGCUACCAUUAAAGACAUUAGGGAACAUGAGUGGUUUAAGCAGGACCUGCCAGGCUACCUGUUUCCUGAGGACCCUUCCUAUGACUCCACCAUUCUGGAUGAGGAGGCAGUCCGAGAGGUGUGUGACAAGUUUGAGAGCACCGAGUCUGAGGUGAUGUCCAGCCUGUACAGCGGAGACCCUCAGGACCAGCUAGCGGUAGCGUACCAUCUGAUCAUAGACAACCGGCGCAUCAUGACCCAGGCCAGUGAGUUCUACCUGGCCUCUAGCCCUCCCCAGGGCUCCUUCAUGGAGGAUGGCAUGUCACUGCCCCCCGGGGUCAAACCACACCCAGAGAGGAUGCCCCCCCUGCUGGUAGACAGCCCCAAGGCGCGCUGCCCGCUGGAUGCCCUGAACACCACCAGAGCCAAACCCCUGGCAGUGAAGAAAGCUAAGUGGCACCUGGGCAUCAGGAGUCAGAGCAGACCCUAUGACAUCAUGGCUGAGGUCUACAGGGCUAUGAGACAGCUACAGUAUGACUGGAAGGUGGUGAACCCGUACCACCUGCGUGUUCGGAGGAAGAACCCAGUAACAGGCAACCUGGUGAAGAUGUGUCUCCAGCUGUACCAAGUAGACAACAGAUCCUACCUGCUGGACUUCAAAAGCAUCGAUGAUGACAUCAUGGACGCAGUAGGGUUUAAGUCGGGCUCUUCCACCCCCCAGAGGUCAGGCUCCACUGCAGGGCUCCACAGACCCAGACUCAGUGUGGACUCAGCCUGUCCUGCCGUGGAUCUCCCCAAGCUCAGCUCCUCUCUGCCUGGGUCGCUGUGCUCCAGCGCUGCCCUCCUCACCUCCACCUCCACCCCCACCCCGCGCCAGGGCAGCCACACUAUGGACUUCUUUGAGAUGUGUGCCAGUCUCAUCACCACGCUGGCCCGCUAGAGACGGUAAACCUCCGCUGGGUAACUAGGGGCCUGGAGUUUUUCCUGGUCAAUGUCAUAUAGUCCGGAAAACUCCAGCUACCGCCUGCAUAACCAUCUGAAACAGAACACUGCCCUGAGCCUAUUUAGACAGUUUUAUAUUGGUGUGAUCCUGACCUAAUUCUCCAAGUACUGCAGAACACGCCUCUAACCACAGAUCUAGGGUCAGUUGUUCCCUCCUGGUGUUGUAGGUUUGGGCUAGGCAAGAUAAACUGAUCGUAGAUCUCUGAUUAGACUUCCUGUCUGUCUAGAGCAGGGAUGGGCAACUUUGAUGGGGGUAGGGGCCACAAAAAUUCAGAACUCAUCAUUAGGGGGGGUGCGGUGGCUCGCGGGACUGCUUACCCACAUCCAGACACACACAUGCAGUCAGCGUUUUCGAGGCCCUAAGCAAAAUUUGGCGAUUUCUAAACAUUUUAGUUUAGUCUUGACAGCGGAAGGAAUUGAUCUGCGGUCCUACAAAAGUGGCCAUGCGACCCGCACGCCACGAGUUGCCCAUCCCUGGUCUAGAGCCAGUCUGCCAGAGCCAGUCUGGCCGUGGGAAAGGUUAGAGGUCUCACUUGUAGCUCCCAUAUGGCGCGUUCACGUGCUCGUCGAAACUAGGAAACGGACAUUUCUAACUGGUUGCAGUUAUUCACGUGCAGCGUUCAACCAGUUAAGCAUGUCGGACAUUUCCAGAUAAGCUCCGCCUCCCUGACUACUCUCAACCUCCAAUCAGCUCCAGAAUAGCCGUCGCUGUAGAACAAACACACUGAGCAUUUUAUAUAUGGUUUUAUAUGGUUUUUGUAACGACACCGGUUUUGUUUUCCAUAUUUAUCAUAUAUAUUUACAUUACUAUCCCUUUGAGUGGUGUAGCAGCUGUUGAUUGUAACAUACAACAAAUGAAGUUAAAGAGAGGAUUGUUGUUGUUAUUAUUUAGAUAUCAUAUUCUUAUUUAUUUUAAAGAGGUUAUUUUAGAGGCUCUGUGUGGUACUGAAUAUUGAGUAUUGAAGCACUGCUGAUGUUUGAGAAGUGUAUACGGACUUAAGAGAUUUUAGGUGAUGAGAGGUCAUAGAGAGAGAGCCUCCACUCUCCCUCUCUCUCUGACUGGCAAUAUUGUUCUGUGGAUUAGUUGGCAUUGAUGCUACCUGACGGAGGAGGAGGGAGGGAAGUGUAUCUGUAGUGAACCUUUCUCCAGGUGCCUUAACACACGUUGUUUCUAGCUUGGUGACUGUUUUUGUUUGCAGAAACGGAAUGGUAAGCAGACUGUUUCUGUGUGUGUGUGUGUGUGUACACUCCUGUGUGUAGAGGACUGACAGACAGGAGCUUGCCAGGGAUUGGCCAGGAGAAGACAUACAGUACUGUAGUUUAUGUGCCAAUGAGAUUUGAGUUCUGACUAAUAUAACUAAAGAUACAGGAGGAGAAGGAAUAGAUAUGACAGAACACUGGAACAAAUCUCCCUUCACCAAUUGUCAAAUGGUUUACAGUAUAUAUUGUUCCAGAGUCCUGUCUGUGUCUCUUGUUCUGCUGGGGCCAGUGAGGGCUGGGCUCUUGCUGAUCUGAUGCAUGCUAGUGUGUCUGUGUUUCUCUGGUCUGUUCUGGUACCAUGAUGGUGGUCUGUUCGGUUUGUUAUUAAAUGUAGAAUCAUUUGUAUCUCUCUCUUUCCUUCCCUCCCUCUGGAGUUAUUGGUUUGUGGUGUGUAUUUGCAGUAGUGUGUGUUUCGCUGAGGGAAUUGUAGACCUCUGUUGGGCCAGUUAGUCAGAAAAGACACUAAACCUCUCUUCUUUCCUUUUGUUUCCUUGCCAUUUGUUUCCUUGUCAUUUGUUUCCUUGUCAUUCGUUUCCUUGUCAUUUGUUUCCUUGUCAUUUAGGAAACAAAUGACAAGGAAACAAAUUCCUUGUCAUUCGUUUCCUUGUCAUUUGUUUGUCCUGUGCAGCAGUUCUGUCAUCACAUCUCUAUUCUGAGAGCGUAGUCUGUUUUUGUCUGUGUAUGACACUAUACAUGCAAGACAAUACCCACGUAUGUGUACUCUCAUCUAGUACCGGUUGAACCGACCUUUUGUCUCCAGAACAGCCUGAAUUCUUCAGGGGAUUCUACAAUGUGUCAAAGAUUCCACAGUGAUGUUGGUUCAUGCUAAUGCGAUGGCGCCGUGCAGUUUCUGCAGAUUGGACGGCAGUACAUUCAUGCUGCGAACAUCCAUCUCAUCUGAAAUAUGCUCUAAUGGGUUGAGGUCUGGGGACUGCGCAGGCCACUCAAGUAAACUGAACUCGUUGACAUAUUCCACGGGAUGUUUUUCCACUCCUCGGUUAUUCAGUGUUGUUUAACACGUACCCACCUGAGCCACUUCUUGUUUUUAGCUGAUAGGAAUGGAACCUGGUGUGGUGGUCUGCUGCAAUAGCCCAUCCGUGACAAGGAUCGACCAGUUUGUUUUCUGACCCACCUGUUGGCUUGCACGAUUCUUGCCCUUCUCCUUCAACCUCUCAUCAAACGAGCUGUUUUCACCCGCAGGGCUGCUGCUGACUGGAUGUUAUCUGUUUCUCCCACCAUUCUCUGUAAACCUUAGACGCUGUUGUGCGUGAAAAGCCCAGGAGGGGAGUGUCCGUUUCUGAGAUACUGGACCCGGGGCAUGGCACCGAUGAUCAUACUUCGCUUAAAGUCACUUGUUUUGCCUAUUCUAAUGUUCGAUUGAACAGUAACUGAAUGCCUGUUUUAUAUAACAAGCCACAGCCAUGUGACUCCGUGUCUGUAGAAGUGAUCCAUUUUUGUGAACUGGGUGGUGUACUUAAUAAACUGGCAUAUCCCAUUUUUGAGAGAUACUUACAUACUGAGGGUACAAAACAUUAUGAACACCUGCUCAUUCCAUGACAAACUGACCAGGUGAAAGCUAUGAUCCCUUAUUGAUGUCAUUUGUUGAAUCCACUUCAGUCCGUGUAGAUCAGUGGUCACCAACCGGUCACCAAGCAUUUCUGUGGAAAAGCCAGGCCUGAUUUUGUGCGUGUUGCGCUGUUGGUGGUAGGUGCACUUGAUUCAAGCGGACCGGGAGAUCUGUUGCUAAAUCGAGUGCGCCUAAUGUGCUGGCAAUCGAAUAGCUCAAAUUACCGUACAGAGCCUCCUCGACCACAGUCAAGAAGUUUGAUGCUAGCCUAGCCUUUUUCCACUCGCGCUGCAAUGAGUUUUAUUAUUAUUAUUAUUAUUAGCUUCGUGUCUAUUUUAAUAUGGAGGAGUAUUUCACUUUCUCUGGUCAUAGGAACCGCGUGAAUUUGUGCCUGCGGCAGAUGUGGCGCGACUCGAGUUUCGCCAUCAGGUGGAAGACGGUGUCUCUUUGGUUAGUCUCACCGGAGGAAAGGAAGGGGAAAGCAGUGACCGUGAAAGGCAGGAGAAAGCAGUGACCGUGAAAGGAAGGGGAAAGCAGUGACCGUGAAAGGAAGGAGAAAGCAGUGACCGUGAGAGGAAGGGGAAAGCAGUGACCGUGAAAGGAAGGGGAAAGCAGUGACCGUGAGAGGAAGGGGAAAGCAGUGACCGUGAGAGGAAGGGGAAAGCAGUGACCGUGAGAGGAAGGGGAAAGCAGUGACCGUGAGAGGAAGGGGAAAGCAGUGACCGUGAAAGGAAGGGGAAAGCAGUGACCGUGAAAGGAAGGGGAAAGCAGUGACCGUGAAAGGAAGGGGAAAGCAGUGACCGUGAAAGGAAGGGGAAAGCAGUGACUGAAAGGUGGACCCGCUGCGGCUCUCUUCCUCCCUCCCCUGAGAAUAAUGCUCUGUUCAAGACAACUACUCUGGAAAAACGAGAUCCGACUGGGGAAAUGGUUUUGAACGGUCAUCCAACUCGGAAUUCCUAGUCGGAAACUCGCAUCUUUCUAGAGCUCCGACCUCAAGAUCACAGACGUCAUGAUUUGACCUCGUUUGCUUUUUCUCGAGUUCCCAGCUGUCUUGAAAGCACCAUGGCCAUCAGAUGCAAGUGCUGUACCAUAUCAUUUAUGCUCAGCUGUGCCUUGCAAGUGCUACAAAAACCGAUAUGUUAUCAAAGCUCAAGUUGUGAUAAUGUAUUCGGCCUACAGCAGAAACCUCAUUCCCGCAGAACUCUUUUUAUUAGGUUGUUACAUUAUAAGUCAUGUAAAAAAAAAAAAAUGGAGUGGUAGAUCUUGGCUUGCUUUUUGAAUGUGAAAGCGAUCUUGACUCAAAGGUUGGUGACCACUGGUGUAGAUGAAGGGGAGGAGACAGGUUAAAGAAGGAUUUUGAAGCCUUGAGACAUGGAUUGUGUGUGUGUGCAAUUCAGAGGGUGAAUGAGCAAGAAAAAAGAUUUAAGUGCCUUUGAACAGGGUAUGGUAGUAGGUGCCAGGCGUGUCAGUUUGUGUCAAGAACUGCAACGCUCCUGGGUUUUUUAUGUUCAACAGUUUCCCAUGUGUAUCAAGAAUGGUCCACCAGCCAACUUGACACAAGCAUUGGAGUCAUGGGCCAGCAUCCCUGUGGAACGCUUUUGACACCUUGUAGAGUCCAUGCCCCAACGAAUUGAGGCUGUUCUGGGGGCAAAGGGGUGGAACUCAAUAUUAGGAAAGUGUUCAAAACAUUAAGAACCGUGUCUGACUAUAGCUGCUACAAGGUCAGGGAGAAACUCUCCUUCCUGCUGCUACACUCAUGCAAUUACUCACAGCAAUGACCCUAUAUUCUGUUAUUUACACACACAUACUACUUCAAGUAAUACACACCCACUUUGUCAGUGUAAGGUGUACCUCUUUCCAAGGGUUAAGGUGUGUUGUCACCGUAUCCAGACUUCUGGAACCAAAGUGUUCUUCUCUUCUGUCUGUGUGUGCGUGAGAGCGGAAUGUACCUCUUCCUCUCCGUCUGAGGUGGGCUUUUCUGUGUUCUAUGCAUUGCAUGGCGUUGCUGUUCUGAUUUGCACUUUACUGAGUAUUUAUUGUCAAACACAAUUAAACUGACCUAUACACUAGA